AUUAGAAAUGACAAUGGAAUGCAUUAUACAAUAAUAUCAACAAAUUAUGAUAAAGACAAUAUUAUCGUGUUCAAUUUCAAGAAUGUCCUAUUGCCUGGAAUGUACAAUCUAUCUAUAAUUUAUACCAUUAAAAUGAGUAUAAUAGGAAAGUCUUUCGGAACUUUGUACAUAAACGAAGAUGGAUAUAAAGAGUGGUUGUUCAUAAUAGAUACCCAAUCAAGAAAACAGCAAAUAAUUCCGUUUUUGAACGAGCCAAAAUUAAAAAUUAUUUUUGAUAUUACCACAGUGCAUCAUUCAUUAUGGAAAGUUUUGUCGAAUAUGCCAAUACAAGAAACUGAAUUUAAUCCAUACAAUGAUGAAUGGAUACAUUUAUACAAGAAUGUUUUGAUUUCUAUAGAUAAUAUAAUAUUUGUGGUGACUGAUUUUUAUCAGCUCAAUUCGACUGAAACCAUUAGCAUGUGGUGUAGACCGCAAUUAAUACCGCAUGCAAAAUUUGCGCUAAAUGUUAUUAAAAAUGUUACUAUGUACUUGAAAAAUUACUGGAUUAAUUCGAAAAGAUUAAUUGAGUGGACCCUUGUUUCAUCUGAGAGCAAAGUGGAUCAUGUCGCAAUCCCAAAUGUACAAGAUGAAAGCAAACAGACUUUAGGAUUCAUCUUUCAUAGAGAAGCAGAUAUCAUUUACAAUGAAGAAUUAGAUUAUAUCGGACGCAAAACGAUAAUAGCACCCUUAGUUGCACGUAAUAUAAUACAAAAAUAUAUUGGCAAUCUGUUGAAUUCAUUUUAUUGGUUUGAACUAUGGUUAAAUGAAGGCUUUAUUAUAUUUCUCCAAACAUAUAUCAUCGAUGAGAUUGUGCCAGAUUUCCGAAUGAUGGAUUUAUUUAUAGUUCAAAUUCAACAUGAAUUACUUGAUCUCAACACUUAUGUCGAUAUAAAUUCUGUUGUAGAAUAUGAUAACUAUCCUGAAAAUUAUAUGUGCACUUUUCUUUCCCAUAUCAAAGGUUCCAUCAUAUGGCGUAUGUUAGAACGAACAUUGUCACCUAGUAUAUUUUUAAAAGGUAUCAACGUAUAUUUCAACAUUCAACUUGCUGAGCCCAUGGAAACAACUUCCGAUAAUUUAUGGAAGGCUAUGCAAAGUGUUAUAAAUGAAUUAGAUUCCGAGUAUCAGUUAAAUGUAAAAAGCAUGGUACAUUCGUGGGCUAUGCAGAGAUGUUUUUCCGUAUUGCAAGCGAUGCGAAAUAAUUCAAGCAAUUUUGUAACUAUAUCGGUACAAUUUCCUAACAAAUUGGACGAAAAACAAUAUUACAUGUUCCCCGUGACUUAUACUACGGAAUCGAAGUCCAAUUUUACCAUAACUUGGUCAAAUAUUUGGUUAACACCAUCGAAUUCAGAAAUUGAACUCUUUGUUGAGAAAGAUCAAUGGAUCAUUUUAAACUUACAACAAAUUGGAUACUAUCGUGUCAAUUAUGAUACCGAAAAUUGGCAAAAAAUUGCGCGAUACUUAAAUUCUGAAAAAUAUAAAAAUAUACAUGUUCUCAAUCGAGCGCAAAUUAUCGAUGAUGCAUUCCAUUUUGUGAUAGAGAGGAAACUUAAAUCCUCCGUGUUUUGGGAACUCGCUACUUAUUUACAAAAAGAGACAGAUUAUAUAGCAUGGUAUCCUAUGCUCAAAGCUUUUGAAUUUAUGUCGAAUAUUUUCAUACUCUUAAAAUCUCAUCCUCGAUUAAAGGUAAUGCUAAAAUCGCUCGAAUUAACGUGGAAUCUGUUCAUCGAAAAGAGCAAUGAUGAUCACAUUAAAUAUUUAAAACAAGAGCUCACAAAGUGGAAAUGUAUUAUAGAUGAUAUCCCAUGCAGAACAAAAGCAAAUCAACAAUUGCAGUGGCAUCUGACAAAUAAAAAAAACAAACUUUUGCCUGGAUGGAAGAGGUGGACAUAUUGUAAUGGUUUGAAAACGGCAGAUACUGAUACAUGGAAUAAAGCUUUUAAUGAUAGCAUAAAAGAAAUUGAUCAUACAAUUUCAGAAUGUCUGGUUUACAAGGAAAAUUAUGAAACCAUAAUGGAUUAUAUAAAGAUAAAAGCACCAAAUCUACGUAAUCUACCUCAAUCCAAAUCGAUAAAGCAAACUGAAACUUUAAUUGCUAAUAUUUUUCUUUUCACUCUUGCCAAAAAUACUAAGUAUAUGCUUAAGAACAUAUUAAAUGACUUCAGACCAAUUAUAUAUUCUUACAAGCGUAUCGUAAGUAAGAUUGUGGCAUUAACUGUUAUGAUUAACAAUAUAUAUUCUCAAAGACAGUUGGGCGAGGUUGAUAAUAUAAACUCAUAUGAUAAGUAAAGGCAGC